CAGCUCAACAAACUUAUUACAUAUAUGGACAAAGAACUCUUUUAUCAUAUGAGCGUUACACUCUCUUAACUUUUCUUUGUCUCUAUUCCAAUCCACUUCUCUCUCUCUAUAUACGAGUACUAACAUCUUCAAUCAUAUACAUAUUACCACUCUCAUCAAGAUUUGUUCACAUACUGUCACUUCUUGAGCUCUCUUUCUCCAUAUAAUGAAGGGACGUAUGUUCUGUGCUUCGCAAGCAUCGACAGCCAUAUGUUCAAGCAUGGACCACGUUGAUCACAAACAAACCACCACCUCCGACGAUGAACGAACCAGCGGCCGAGCUAUAGACCGCCACAAUCCUAUCAUUAAAGAUCCCCGGAGAUCAUUCGCCGACGACUUCAUCAAACUGCCUCCUUCCGGCGCCGAAAACGGAGAGAUCAGUAACAAAAAGCUAGAGAUCUAUAAAGGCAGGAGGAGCUUCACUGGACGGAGAAGCACCGGCGGUGGCGGUGGAGGCGGAGCAGCUGCGUUGUUGAAGCUCAUCACUAGUGAUAUCAGCCUAGCGAGGAAGAGUUUCAGCUGUGUUGCGAGACCCGCAUGUGACUUUAUAAACACCCCUGUGGGUUCUACGAGGUUUCUUUUGGGAUCCGACCCGGAUUCUAUUUCCGGGGGGUCUGCGGGUCAGGAUCCGGUUAAGAAGGUUGAAGCUGUAGUAGCUCCUGCUGGCGAAGACAAAACUUUAACGGAGGAGAAGAAGACUACUUGUGAUACUGGUGGUUCAGACCAGGUCGUUGUUCUCAAAGUGUCUCUCCACUGCAGAGGCUGCGAAGGCAAAGUAAGGAAACACUUGGCCAGAAUGCAAGGUGUAACAUCCUUCAACAUUGAUUUUGCUGCAAAGAAAGUGACUGUGACCGGAGAUAUCACUCCCUUGGAAAUAUUGGAUAGCAUCUCAAAGGUUAAAAAUGCCCAAUUUUGGACAACUCCUACAAUCCCAAAGCCAAACGUGAACAUUCAAAAUCCCUAAUUUACUUUUACUCUUUUUUUUUUAAAUGCGACAAUUUACUUCUACUGAGCAUGUUUGUAAAAUAAAUGGUAAAGUUUCAAAACCUUACUGCCAUAAGAGCCCCCUUGGUAGGUUUCAUUUUGAUACUUUAUCCGAUCCAAUCACCUCGUCCUAAGAUUCUUAAACUUGUCAUUGUUACAUGCAUGUUUGCAUUUUCCACAAAUGCUUUAGACUUAAUAUAACUUGUAGAAUAGUAUGUAACUUUCUAAAGCAAACAGACUUUUGGUUUAAUAUUAAAUCUGA